AUGAACCAUUGCGAUUUUGGGAAGCCCCAGGCCUGGAAGCAUGGUUGGCAUUAUCCAAAAUGGAGCCAGCUUCUGGUGACGUAUUUGGAAAAUGCUCUCGUGCAUACAAACACCUAUACUGCCAAAGAGAUAGGCAUGUAUAUAGACUUCUUUAUGGACACCAUCGGCCCUCAUCUUGGUCCUGGUCCAUUGAGUUUGGGCUCUGGGAAUUAUCAGCCACAAUAUCCUUCCGCCAUGACCAAAGACUUGACACCAUUUGAGUUGAGUCUGUGCUGGAAAGAGCGAAAGCAACAAGGAAAACCUAUUGUGCGAUUCAUCAAUAAUAUUAUACUGUUCAAUGCGGAGAGAACACGCACAGCAUCACUUGCACAGACUCUGCAUCUUGUCGAUAGUCUACAAAAGGUCGCUGAGGAUGAAUCCUCGAAUUUGACACUACACUUGUUACCAGAAAUCUGGAAGGCUGUUUCAAAAUACCUAUAUAAUUUAGAGCCCAGAUUGCAUCCUCAGGGUGGUUGCCUCCAAUGCGGUUCCUCAUCUGCGUUUGUGGGUUUCGAUUUGAAGCGAAUGAUAGCCAGCGGCAAAUUCUACUGGCGACUCCCAUCGUGCCUUGAUGUCCCUGGAGCCCUGGAGUUAAUGGACAGCAUCUUCACAGCUUGCGGCCCUAAGAACUUUAAUGCCUGGGAGGAACACCUCAAUCUCAAUGGUUCUGUCGCAUGUCCUAAUGAUUUCCGAUCUACAUGCCGCGAUCUAUGGACAUCUCUAACUACAAACCCAGACGAAUGGGCAAAAUCGCGACCAGAAGCAGGUCCAGAGUUUUGCCUAAUUCUGCAUGAGCUGACGGCUUCCUCUUUCUCGCCUUCCCCAACUGCCAAUGGAGCGAGUGGAUUGCGCCAGAGCCUCUCCAGCAAGCUCUAUGUUUUGUGUCAGGAAAUCCCACGCCCGGACUCUUUCAUUGUCGCCCAAUUACUCCGUCACUGCAACUUAGCUGCGGAUUCAUCUAUUCUGAAAGUCCUUGCCAAUGCAGCUAAGCCAACGAAUUUUAUUUCUGAGAUCAGUCUUGCGCCGCGCAAAGAUGGGACCGAGCUCUCCAUUUAUCUAAGUCCGAGCUUCUUUGCACGCAAGAACUGGGUGGCAGCCGCAGAUGGAUACAUGGCCAAGCCUUGUAUCCUGUGUUCACCUGAUCAAAAUUAG